AUGGCGCAGCAAGCUCCGCAAAGCGCGAGAGACAACGUUCUGAGGCUAUCCGAUGCCAGUGCCGUGGACAAGGACGCGCCACGUGUGCGCGGAUACACGUUCGAAGAGGCAGGAGGGGCGGGGUCGGUGGUGGUCGAUUACGAGCAGUUGAUGGGCCGAAUGGUGACGACAGGCUUCCAAGCCACCGCUCUGGGGCGGGCGAUUGACGAAGUCAAUCGAAUACUGGCGUGGCAACUGAGCGACGACCCGGUGAAGGCGGACGCGAAGGAGGAGGAGAAGGACCCGGCGUUCCGCGCGGGCGUGCGGUGCAAGAUCUUCCUGGGCUUCACGUCCAACCUCAUCAGCUCCGGCCUGCGCGAGACGCUCUGCUUCCUCGCCAAGCACCGACUCGUGGAUGUGAUUGUGACAACAGCGGGGGGGAUUGAAGAGGACAUUAUAAAGUGCCUGGCGCCCACGCUGCUGGGCGACUUCGCCCUGCCGGGCAAGGACCUGCGCGCCAAGGGGCUGAACCGCAUCGGCAACCUGAUCGUACCCAACAGCAACUACUGUCUCUUCGAAGACUGGAUGGGCCCCGUGCUGGACCGCUGCUUGGACGAGCAGAAGACGCAGGGCGUGGUGUGGACGCCGUCGAAGCUGAUCGAGCGCAUGGGAGAAGCCAUCGGGCACGAGGAGUCGGUGCUCUACUGGGCGCACAAGGUCCGGUAA